AUGACAUCAUCCACCGAACUGAAAGCUCUAUCGGCAGAAUCUUCUCCGCUUCUGAUUUCAUUACGUGACAAGCUCUGUGCUGAUAAUAAUGCUAUCAAAGAAGGAAAGAAAGCAUGCUUAGUAUUGGCAAGUCAAUCGCCAAGGCGACGUGAGAUCCUUGAUAUGAUGGGCUUGGCUGGAUCAUAUUCGAAAAAGCUAGCAGAGGCCAAGGCUCAUUCUUUGGCCGCCGAACAUGCAGGAAAAGAGCGAAACACAAAUAUUCCAGUCUUUUACUUGGGGAGUGACACUGUUGUCGAUAUUGAUGACAAGAUUUUGGAAAAACCAAAGAAUGAAGAAGAAGCCAAGCAAAUGCUGCUUAAAUUGAGUGGUCAAGAGCACCAAGUCCACACUGGAGUCGCACUCUAUCGGCUUUCUUCCAGCUGUGAAAUUUCCCUAUUGUCUUCGUUCACAGAGAGCGCUCAUAUUACCUUUUGCAACUUGAGUGAUGCUGACAUUGAUGCGUAUAUUGCCUCUGGGGAACCGAUGGACAAGGCAGGCAGUUACGGGAUACAAGGUAUUGGCGGCCAAAUGGUGCAAAGCAUCGCAGGAGACUUCUAUACUGUGAUGGGAUUGCCCAUGCAUCAAACCAGCAAACACUUGGCCAGAGCUCUGAUGGAUGAAUAG